CCCUCCCCACCCUGGUGCUUGUUCCCCAGCACACCGUGCCCAAGAAAGCCGAGGCGGAGAUCGAUGCGCUCUACGAUGUCUUCCUGGAUGUCCAGGCCCGCUGGGGGACAGAGGACAUCAUGUUCCUGGGGGACUUUAACGCCGACUGCGGUUACGUGGCCAAGAAGCGCUGGGGCCAGAUCCGACUGCGGCGCGAGCCUGGCUUCCGCUGGCUAAUCGGAGACGCUGCCGACACCACUGUGCGGAACAGCACACGCUGCGCCUACGACAGGAUCGUGGUGCAUGGGGAGCGCUGCCUGGUGCUGGUGGUGCCCGGCUCAGCCCAGCCCUUCGACUUUCCUGGCACGUUCGGGCUCACGGAGACCCAGGCGCUGGAGGUCAGUGACCAUUACCCGGUGGAAGUGCAACUGGAACUGAACGCCGCCCCGAGGGGGCGCUGGCCGGCCGGCCCAGCACUGCUGCCCCUGGCCAUGCUGCUGGCCGGACUGGGGGGCUGGUUCUGACCUUCCUGCUCAGCGCUGCCGGGCGCCCGGACCUCGGGGAACACGUGACCGAGGGGCUGGAGUCUAAACCCACCCGCAGGAGCAAAGGCCUUUACUCAGAUGCCUGGGUUCCCCCCCCACACACACACAGGUUUCUUGGCUCAGGGCUCCUCCCCCAGAAGAUACAGAAACCUCUCAUCUCAGACCCGACAAACUCACUGCAGCAAAUACAGGGCUGGCAGCGUUCCCAGGUCCAAGGCCAGAGGAGGUUACAGGACCAUCCCUCCAGGUCCUGGGCCUGGCUGCCUGGAGUGUUCGGCUGGAGGGGGCUGGCCCCUGGGCGGGGGGCAGGGGAGGCUGGUUCAAAUCCUGCCAGAGGGGGUGGGUUGUUUCUUUUUCAGUGACAGAGCAACUAAACCCCUGCAUAAGAACAACGCAGAGUCCGGCGGCACCUUAAAGACUAACAGAUUUAUUUGGGCAUAAGCUUUCGUGGGUAAAAACCCACUUCUUCAGAUGCAUCGUU